GCCUGCCGCCGGCCAAGUGGAGGCGGCGCAGCGGGUGACGGCGGCGAGAUGUCGGAUCUGUUCGUGAAACCCGGAAAUCAGGAGCGAGGCUGGAAUGAUCCUCCCCAGUUUUCGUAUGGUUUGCAGACACAAGCACAGAUAGGUCCAAGGAAGCAUUUUCUCACUAAGCGAGUAUCAGCACCACAGCUAGAUAAACCAAAAGAUUAUAGACCAACAGGAAUUCCUUCUGCAAUUAUACCACCAUCUCCUUCUGUAACGUGUGAGAAGAAGCCACUGCCACCACCUCCGAAGCAUUCCAGUUUAUCUGAUAAUUGUAAGCCAGUGCAAAAUGCUACAGUUAUGUCUGAUUUUGAGGUAAAUUUGGAAGAUGUUUUAAGUCCAUUAAAUAAGACACUGGAGACUUGUAGGAAACAUGUAAAGAAACAAGUUUGUGAUGAUAUUGGCAGAAGGUUAUUAAUACUUCGGGACAUGUGGCAAUCGGGAAAACUUUCUGUACCAGUGCAGAAUAGGAUGCACCAACUCACGCAAGAAAUGGAGCACUGCAAUUGGGAUUCUGCUGAUGAAAUCCACAGAUCUUUGAUGGUUGACCAUGUGAAUGAAGUUGGACAGUGGAUGGUUGGAGUGAAACGCCUCAUUGCUGAAACCAAAAAUCUACCAUCUGACCUUACUGACUGUGCAAAUUAAAAUGGCGCUAUGCUCACGAUGAUCCAGUGAGAAUACUGUUCAGUGAAAAUGCGGCAAUGGAUCAAAAUUAGAAAAUAUUGACAGAAGGAAUAACAAUAACACUUGUGAAUGAUUCCUGUAUUCAGCGGGAAAGAAAACAUGUAUUCAGGCUGUACUGUUCAAGAGUUUACAAAAGCACUUUAGCCUUAAAGAAAUAGACUGAGCAUCUCAAUGACUUGGUCAUUCUUAAGCUGCCAGUAAGCUGCUGCAAUUGUCAAACCCUUUCUGUAUGCUCUGAUUGGAAGGCAAGUGUCAGAUGUUGACUAUAUAAGAUUCCUCUGCCACAGGGAUUAAAAUGAAGCCUCAUUGCUACAAGCAAGUAGGGCUUUUCUGGAGAGGAGUUUUAUCUUUUACUUGGCUUAUCUUACUGACAUCUGUAGAAACAAGCUUUCCAUUUAAUUUUACUCCAAGUAAUUAAGAAUUGUGGCUUUCCUGCUGCAUUUUAUAUUUUUAAAACUAUUAUUAAAGAUUCAAGGUGAAGAGUCAUGUGGAAAACUUUGGGUUGCUGAGUGUGUGUAAAGUUGUUCUUUAUAGAAAAAAAGACCUGUUUCUUUCAUUCACAUACAUCUAUGUACAUCAUUUCCCUUAUUUGGAAGGUGUUAAUGAGGUUAGCUGCAUGUGUGGCCUAACCAGAGCUGCAUUAAGGUGAAGGAUGUUUUCCUUCCCUUGUUUCCUAAUCAAACUUAGACUUGGAAGUACUGUCUGGAAAAGAUAGGAGCAAUAUAUAGCCCUCCUUUUUCUGGAAAAUCUGCCCUGGUAUUGUGUUGUAAUUAAUUAUUAUGGUAAAAUUGUUUUUUGACCUUUCAAUUGUUUUUGUAAUUACUCAGUUUAUGAAGUUACUUUUAAUAUAAGAUGCUGAUACUUUCAUAGCCAAUUUCCUAUCAUUCCUGGUGUUGGUGCAGAAGGAGAACCCCUUUCCUUGCUGUCCAUACCUGAUCAAGAAUAAUGUUAAUACCUUUUCAAGUCUUCUGAAUUGCCUUUUCAAUUAAGAAAAGAAUGCUGGUUGGUAUUUUCUUAUGCUUCCUAUGGAAGGGAGGCUUUGCAGAAUGCAAUCAGAAUCCUCAUCACAAAUAAAGUUUUUGUUUAUAUCA